AUGGACCUUAGUCCCUUGCAUGGGGUUGAUAAGCUGAUCCGUCAUUUACACAAACACAACAUACCCAUAGCUGUUGCCACCAGCUCAGCUGAAGUGACAUUUCAGAUGAAAACAGCCAGACACAAAGACUUCUUUGGUCUUUUUCACCAUAUUGUGUUGGGAGAUGACCCCGAGGUAAAGUGUGGCAAGCCACAGCCUGAUGCAUUUCUAGUUUGUGCAAAGAGAUUUCACCCUCCUGCACCUCCAGAGAAGUGUCUUGUGUUUGAAGAUUCACCACUUGGAGUCAAAGGAGCCCUGGCAGCCGGAAUGCAAGUGGUUAUGAUUCCAGAUGAAAAAUUAAAUCCAGAUCUUAAAAAGGAGGCAACAGUACUGCUGAACUCCAUGGAGAAUUUCAAACCAGAACUGUUUGGUUUACCAGCGUAUGAUUAAUGCAUAAUGUCUAUGGACAUGCACUUGACCGGAGAUCAGGAAAGCAGAACGAAAUUUUGUUAUGGUUU